AUGAAUAUUUCAACUUCUCAAAGUCUGGAGGAGAUGUACUGCUUCCCAUCUAUUGAAGGGUCAUGUAUCAGAAGUAAACUUCCUGCAACAGUUAAUGUUGUACUAUAUGCAUUAAUAGUUGCAAUUAUAAUAACUGUUAUUUGUGGAAACCUUGUGGUUAUCAUCUCGGUCUCUCAUUUCAAAGAGCUUCACACUCCUACUAACUUUAUAACACUUUCUCUGGCUGUUACUGAUUUUCUAGUAGGCUUACUUGUGUUACCUUUUAGCAUGGUAAGAUCUAUUGAAACAUGCUGGUAUUUUGGAAAGACAUUUUGUAAAAUCCACUCUGCAUUUGACAUGGCUUUCACAACUGUUUCCGUUUUUCACCUUUGCUUUAUUGCUGUAGAUCGCUAUUACAAUAUUUGUGACCCACUGCAUUAUUCUUUAAAAAUCACAUUAACUGUAAUAACAAUAUUUUUACCUGUCUGUUGGGCAGUACCCAUAUGCCUCAGCUAUUUUCUUGUGUUCUUUGGUAGCAACAUAGAGUACACUUCUUUGGCUUCUCUAUCUUGUGAAGGGUUAUGCAUCCCAACAGUAGACAAAGUGUGGGCAGUGAUUGUGCCUAUUGUAAACUGCUUUUUGCCUGCAUCUGUAAUGAUAGGCCUUUACUUCAACAUUUUUGUAGUGGCUAGAAAACAUGCCAAAGUUAUUAAUGGCAUUAGAGACAAGAUCACUUCUGUGAAAAAACAUAUCAAACACAUAAAAGCUGCAGAGCAAAAGGCUACUAAAACUCUUAUAUUAAUAAUGGGUGCAUUUUUAUUUUGUUGGAUUCCCAUUACAAUAAUAACAUUGAUGAUUUUUUAUUUCAAUAUUUUUGUUCCAUCAUUUAUUUUUGAAGCAUUAAUCUGGCUAGCAUAUUUUAAUUCUGCUUGUAAUCCUAUUAUUUAUGGCUUCUUUUAUCCCUGGUUUCGAAUAACAUUUAAAUUGGUUUUGACUGGAAAAAUAUUUACUAUAGCAUCCUCUACUUUUAAUCUCUCAUCUGAAAACCAUUAA